AUGAGCGGACGCAAGUUAAACUCUCUCGAACGCGAGUUACAUCAGUUUGCCCUGACGAGGCCGGACAAAGUUGUCACCCAAAAGGCGCUCGAACGCUUCUCGCCGAGCCCCAAAGCACUUCUUCCUGCAAUCAAUUUUCUUUUGGGCACGGGAUUGUUCGUAGUGCUGAUAGGUGAAGAUUCUGCGAUCUCGUACAGGGCAGUGACGCACGAUGAGAUCGAAAUUAAGAAAGGUCUCAAUCAGGAGGAAGUAUUGGUCAUCGACAGGAUCCGAGCAGCAGGCAACGAAGGCAUCUGGACGAAACAUAUCAAGGCUAAAACUCAACUGCAUCAAGUCGUUGUUGAUAAAUGUUUGAAGUCACUGACACAGAAACAAUUGAUAAAGACCGUGAAUGAUGUUCGACACUCCGCGCGCAAAAUCUACAUGCUGUCGCAUCUCGAACCAUCAACUGAGCUGACGGGGGGACCAUGGUUCACCGAUAAUGAAUUGGACACCGAAUUUAUCAAACUAUUGUCUGGUGUUUGUUUGAAGAUCAUACGAGACAGAAGUUUCCCGAAAACUUUGCAAGGACAGGACAGUCGCAGCAGGCAGGUGUAUCCGCUUUCGUAUUCAUCUUACCCAAAUGCGCAGCAAAUCCUGAAUUUCUUGAAGAAGAGUGGUGUCACAGAAACUGACCUGACUGUGGAGCAUAUUCAGAUUUUAUUGGAGGUAUUGAUUUGGGACGGCAAGAUCGAGAAGAUUCCUGCGCUCCACAUCCCUGGCUGGGAUAUCGAUAAUUCUGAGCAUGAAAGUUUGCACGAAAGCCAAUUAUCGCUGCUCGAGAAGGGAUCGAGGGGAAAGAAACGAGCUCGCAGGGACUUGAGCGAUGAUUCUGAUCGUGGGGGCAAACGGAAGAAAAGGCACCACACGUCGGACAGCGCUCAGGCUACCGAAGAUGAUACUGCGACAGGCGAUGACGAUAGAUCGCUGAGGAAGCGACGUCGGAAGCGUAAUACCCCCUCUGUUGACGACACAAAGUUAAAGGGAAAGAGAAGAAAAAUGGAUCGCAGCUCCUUUGGUGACACAGAGGAUGAGGGAUCGACAGAAUGUGUUCACCAUGCAGGCGGAGUUGUAUACCGGGCCGUAUAUGAAGAACGCGUGUCUCUGGGCCUGUACCAGGCUCCAUGCGUCCUGUGCCCGACGUUUGAGUUCUGCAAGGGUGGUGGACCGGUCAACCCUCGAGAAUGUGUCUACUAUGACUCUUGGCUUACGGGAGGGAAGGCGUGUAUGAAUUAUUAA